GAGAGAGGUAGAAGCAGGGUUGCUGGUGUCCCGGUCUGCAGUCCCUCCAGGGAGCCCUGCUUCCUGCUUCUUGUCCUCCUCCUCGCUCCGACGAUGAGUGACUGUAAAACGGUCAGAUAUUCCACGUACGAGGAGCAAGAGCCCGGCACCGUGAUCGGAAACCUGGCCACCGAUCUGCAGCUGGAGGCGGCCGGCGGGGCCGGGGGCCAGAGCGGUUUCCGACUGAUGCCCGAGUAUAACGGCUCGGUCCCGGUGAGGGUCGGGGAAAGGGACGGGCAGCUGACGGUAGGAAGCCGCAUUGACCGGGAGCAGCUUUGCGAGGAGCAGGAGCCGUGCCUGCUGCUCCUGGAUGUGGUGAGCUUCUCCCGGGACAAGUUCCUCCUGAUCCAUGUGGAGAUCCAAGUGCAGGACAUUAAUGACCAUUACCCCGAGUUCCCCCAGCCCGAGAUCGAGCUAGAAAUCUCCGAGAGCUCAGCACCGGGGACCCGGCUCCCUCUCCCCGCGGCUCUAGACGCCGACACCGGCUCCUACUCGGUGCGGGGCUACGAGCUCUCGGUGAACGGUCACUUGGAGCUGGAGCUGUCGGACGGUGCAGGCAGCGGCGGGGUCCAGCAGCCGGUACCGGCACCGACGCUGCUGUUGGUGAAGCCUCUUGACCGGGAGAGUGAGGCCGAGCUCAGCCUGAAGCUGAGAGCCCGGGACGGGGGUAAUCCACCUCGGAGCGGGGAGGCCCGGCUCCGGGUGCGGGUCCUCGAUGAGAACGAUAACGCUCCGGCCUUUGGGAGCGGCUCCUUGGAGCUCGAGCUGCGGGAGGACACGGCCCCGGGUUCGCUGCUGCUGCAACUCGAGGCCCGGGACCCGGACCAAGGCCUAAACGGCGAGCUCCGGUUCACCUUCAGCCCGAGGGUCGAGGCGGACGCUCGGCGCCUCUUCCGCCUGGAGCCGCGCUCCGGCCGCUUGAGCCUGAACGCGCCGCUCGACCACGAGGCGCGCGCCCGCUUCGAGCUGGAGGUGGAGGCGCGCGACCGCGGCGCCAGGCCGCGCGCCUCGAGCUGCCGGGUGGCGGUGCGCGUGCUCGACGUCAACGACAACGCGCCCGAGAUCCGCGUGAGCGCGCUAGGUCCCGGUCCCGGUCCCGGAGAGGCCUCGGGCCUCGCGUCCAUCACCGAGGCGGCGGAACCGGGUAGUUUCGUGGCGCUGGUGAGUGUGUGGGACCGGGAUUCAGGAGCUAACGGCCGCCUCUCGGUAUCACUGCUCGGGCCCCGGGAGUUACACUUACGGCCGGCUUAUGGCAUUAACCACUACAUGAUCGUGACGGCGGAACGGCUCGACCGGGAGCGGGACACCGAGUAUAACGUGACGCUGGUGGCCGAGGACCAAGGCCCGGAUCCCCGCCGGACGGUCAGGCCUUUCACCGUCACCGUCACCGAUGUGAACGACAACGCGCCCGCCUUCCCCCGCUCCGUCUACCGCCUGUCGCUGGCGGAGAAUAACCUGCCCGGGGCCCAGCUCGGUACCGUCCGGGCCCGUGACCCUGACCUGGGCCCUAACGGCCGCCUCACUUACCGCCUGCUGCAGCCGCACGAGGGGCCUGGGCCUGGGCCUGGGCCGGGGCCUGGCCUGCAGCCUCCGGCCGUCGCUGUGGAGCCUCACACCGGCUCCUUGUACGCGCUCCGCUCCUUGGACCGUGAGGAGCUGCCCGAGCUCGAGCUGCUGCUGCAGGCGACAGACGGCGGUUCCCCGCCGCUCAGCGGCUCCACCACCGUCCGCCUGAUCAUUACCGACCGGAACGACAACGCUCCGUUCAUCACUCACCCGCCGCCGCCUCCUCCAUCUCCCGGGAACCGCUCCGCCGCUCCCGCUCCCGCCAAGAUGGCGCUGCCCGGGGGCGCGCCCCGCGGUUACCUGGCGGCGCGCGUGCGGGCCCAGGACGCGGACGAGGGGCCGAACGGCCGCCUCAGUUACCGGAUCGUGAGCGGGGAGCCGCCCGGGCUCUUCACCAUCCGCCCCGACACCGGGGACGUGUACCUGGGCCGCCCGCUCUCCGUGUCCCCCGCCGGGCCCGGGCCCGGGGCCUUCAGCCUGGUCGUGGCCGUUAGUGACGGCGGCCUGCCCCCGCUGUCCUCCACCGUCACCGUGAGCUUCACGGCGGGGCCCGGGCCUCGGCCCGCUCCAGCUCCCUCCGGCUCCCCGGGACCGGCACAGCGGAGCUGGGACACCUCCUUCACCGUCAUCGCGGUGCUGGCCGCCGGCUGCGUGGCCUUGCUGCUGGCCAUCGUCGGUAUCGCCUCGACCUGCGGCACCGGAGACAAGAGCCGGGGCGGACACGGCCACCGGGGCGGUAUCCAUCGGUAUCCCGGCCCCGGGGACAACUCCGGCUGUGAGGGGGCGGCCUCGGAAUCUGGCGGAGGGAAGGAGGUUGUUUACCCGGCAGGAGAGAGCGGCAGAGCAGGGGAGCCGGAGCGUUUCCCCACUGCCUCUGCUUUUGGUCACCAAGCUCUUCACCCAAUUGCAAUCUGGCAAGGCAAACACUUUGCUUUGAAUAAAAGCGAACUUGCACAUCAAACCCAGGACAGGUUCAGUGGGAAGGACAGUGGAAAAGGAGACAGUGACUUUAAUGACAGUGACUCUGAUAUCAGUGGUAUUGGUCUGAAUAAAAGGAGUACUCUCAGUCAGAAGCACAAUGGUUUAUGGUCCUGCACCAAUGAGUGCAAGAUACUUGGCCAUUCAGAUCGCUGCUGGAGUCCAUCUUCUCAAGGGCCAAAUACUUACCAUUCCACAACCACUACUCAGCACCUUACCCCUUUGGGGAAAAACACGUCAUUCCCUCGAGAUCUACUCCGUAAAGAUACAUACUAUCAAGCACUUUUGCCAAAAACAGCAGGCCUACAAAGUGUAUAUCAGAGGAUCUCUUGUAAUGAAUCUGAAACUAUAAACUCUGUUAUUGUACCAAUGUAUCAUUCCGUGGGAUCAAAAAGUCACAUUCCACCAAGUAAUAUCUCAUUGAUCAAUGUAUCUAGCAUGCAUUCUCAGAUCUAAGCAGAUACCACAGUAGGUUUACCAUCUUUACAGUGCUGUAAUAAAUCAAUUUAUGCAUCCUGUAUAUAAAAGCAACAGUUUAUUUUUAUAUCGAUUCCACAUAAAAAUUUCAUUCACAUGAAAGGUGUAAAUAUCAAAUAAGGAAACAUGCAAUGUUAAAAAUUGUAAUUUUUAUCCUGUAAUUGAUGCUUUGAUAUUAUUGUGUUUUAUUUUCUAUUUUACUGCACAAUUUAAUUUGUAAGUAAAAGCACAAAAUUCUGUAAAUAAAACUGUGGUUUAAAGUUU